CAGAACUCUUCAGAGUUCUUGAAUCACGUUAUGCUGACAUCGUUAGGUUUUUAGCAGCUCUCCUCCUUGACAGGAAAUGGGUCCAGAAAGUUUGAGCAUUGUUGACCCUUAUAGCUUUAAGACCACAGAUGGGAGAAAGGAGACUCUUCUAAUUCCAUUGGCAGUAGCUGAUUGUGCAGUGUAUUUGUGUGUUUGUUCCCUGUUCUACAUCACCCUGUGCCCAAUGACAUGUUGUAACAAUGUGCAAAUUUCCAAACAAAAGCAAAAUAUAUUUACUUAAUUUAAUUAUUAUUCAGCUUAUAUUACUAUGUUGCUUUUGGAUCUUUCACCGAUUAAAACAUGUAUUUAACAAUUACUGAAGUUUGUAUGAACAGAACUAAAACACCCGGAUGCAUAAAUACCUGUUCUGCUAGUUCAGUGUACAAAAAAAAGGACAAGUUCAUUCACUCCACACACUUGAACUCACGCUUAAGAGGACUGUGUUGUUUGUUCAUAAACAGACUAACACUUCAACACAAGGGUGAUGAACAGUGAGACAGACCUGAAAGACGUUCAGAUGAGCUGACCCAUUGCAUACAGACACUCACAACACCAGUGGACGACACAAUGGCCGACAGAGAAGGCAGAUCGAGUGAGAGGAAGACUAUGGACAAACGCAAUAGGAGCAAGAGCAUGGAUGGACGCCCCAAAAUGGACCGUAGUCCAGAUUUGGAUUUCCCUUACAAAAAUGAACCCAAAAUCAAAGAAAGAAUGAAGGAUAUAACAGCAUCAGCGACUGAAGAAAAACAUGGGGUAAAAAAAGACAAGGACUUUGGAACCAGAGUCAGACCAGAUCAAUGGCUACAAGAAGAGAAUAAAACCAUUUAUUCUCUAUUUCACAGACUUCAUCUUGAAGACAGACACCAUCAUAAACUGAGAGCUGCUGAUGUUCUUCAGAUAACUGAACAUUCAUUACGGUCUCAUGAGUCUUGUCCUGAAGAAGAGCUGAUCCAGACUUUUAUAAAAAAACUACUGUUGAUGAACUACAGAGCAAGAUACAUUCAUAUUAAUAAGGCCAAAGAACAGGUUCGAGUACAACAAAGAGACAAUAACACUGAAGAUGAGGACAUUAUAUUUGAUCAUUUUUUUAAAGAAAAAUCUUCAUCAAACAAAGGAACAUGUCAAUCUGAUCUCAUUCACCCAAUGGAUGUUCAGAUGGCUGUGUUUCAUUGUGCUGAUGGUUUCCUGAAGCAGCUGAUGGUGACUAAACUGUCCCAGUGUCAGUACGCUCUGCCUCUGCUUGUUCCUGAUCCAAUCACAAAACAGAUCGAGUUUCCUCUCUGGACAUUCAGACAAAUCAGCAAGAGCUGGAAGAUGAGAAACAAUGAAAAUGAGACCAUUAGUCAAACCCAGCCAGUCCACAAGGCAGAAACUCCAAUGGUGUUUUUCUUCAGGUUUGGCUCUGUGUCCUCAUCCAAGUCUCAGCUGAUGAACAGUUUGAUCAAUGAGAAACACAACACGUUCUUCCACAGGAACUGUCCAGGCAGCAGCAGAUCCAGAGUCCUGAUGGAUGGAGUGGUGGAGAUCGCCUGGUUCUGCCCCUCUGGGAAAAACACAGAUCAAUUCACUGACUGUGUUGCCUUCUGUAAUCUACACGGUGACGCAGGAGACCAUGAAGAACAGCUGCAGAUCCUCACUGAAAUGGCUUCAGUCAUUGUUGUUCUUCUACCACAGACUCAGAGAAAGGACAGAAGUGCAACAGUAAUCCAAAACCUGUUCAAGGACAAAAAGCCACUCAUUUGUCUUUUUACUGAGGAUGAAUCAACUGUUACUGAGAUGAAGAAAGGGAAAUUCAAAAUUGGUCUGAAAGGCAGAAAUCAGUCAGAAGUAUCUGAAGAGCUCAGAAGAACUAUAACUGAUUGUCUCUCAGAAACAUUUUCCACUUUCAGACUUGAAGAUGUGUCCAAACACUCAAAUAUCAGAGUAGAUGAGGAAGAUGAUGAAGACUGCAGGAAAGGAAGAGAAGCAGCACAGCAGAUGAUGAGUUUACUGGAGAAGAAAGAUCUGACAGAAAUCAAAGAAACAUUUUUUCCAUAUCAGGGGAAACUGUGGUAUCAGUGGAGUCAGAAGAACAAAGAACUACAUCGUCCUCAAAAAGAUGAGAUAGAAAUUGACAUCAGUAGAAAACAAACAGAUUUGAAGAAGAUCCGUCAACAGCAGCAUGAAUCUGACAUCAGUGAGUUCAUGAAGCUCUUUAUUAAUGAAAUUUGUUCAAAUGCUGUAACAAAAAAUAUAUAUUUUCUGAAAUGGCUUGAAAUAUUCCUGGAUGAAUAUAUCGCUGCUGACUUUUCUACUAUACAUAGCAAAUAUGAUGAAAAGUGGUCGACAGUUGAAAGACUGAAAGAGAAUUAUGUCAAAUUUGAGCAAAUGACAACUGAACAAACUGCACUUGAGAGAAUAUCUGAGGAUCUUCAAGCUGCAGCCUUUGGUCUGGAGCACAUCAUUAGGGAGAUUGGUCAGAUCUAUGAGUCAUGUUCAUCAGUGAAGAAGAACAAGAAAGACCUGCAGAUUGACUUCUCUUCUCUCCCGAGUCUUGCAGCAGAGAUGAUGAUCUCUGGAUUUCCUCUGGAGCUGAUGGAUGGAGAUGCUGCUCAUGUUCCUGUGAUCUGGAUCUCUGCUGUUCUAGAUGAACUCGUCCAGAAACUGGGAGACCAGCGAGUCUUUGUGCUGUCAGUUUUAGGGGUUCAGAGCUCUGGGAAAUCCACCAUGCUGAAUGCUAUGUUUGGACUUGAGUUUGCCGUCAGUGCUGGAAGAUGCACCAGAGGAGCUUUCAUGCAGCUGGUCAGAGUCUCAGAUGAGAUGAAAACACAGAUGAACUUUGACUAUAUUCUGGUUGUUGAUACUGAGGGUCUCUGUGCUCUAGAACUGGCUGGAAGAUCAACAAGAGAUCAUGACAAUGAAUUGGCCACAUUUGUUGUAGGUCUUGCAAAUCUGACCUUAAUCAACAUUUUUGGAGAAAACCCGUCCGAGAUGCAAGACAUACUUCAGAUUAUUGUUCAGGCCUUCAUGAGGAUGAAGAAGGUCAGACUGAAUCCCAGCUGUGUGUUUGUGCAUCAGAACGUUUCAGACGUCACAGCUGGAGAGAAAAACAAGGAGGGAAGAAGACGACUGCAGGAGACACUGGAUAAGAUGACGAAACUCGCUGCUGAAGAGGAAGUUUAUGAUGCAGAAUGUUUCAGUGAUGUCAUUAGAUUUGAUGUUCGGCAUGAUGUGGAGUAUUUUGCUCAUUUCUGGGAGGGCAGUCCACCAAUGGCACCACCAAACCCAAAGUACUGUGAGAACAUUCAAGAACUGAAGAAAACUAUAAUGUCUCAUGCCUUAAAAUCAAAUGGAUUGAGGCUGAUAGACUUAAAAGAUCGUAUUAAAAAUCUCUGGGAGGCUUUGUUGAAGGAGCGAUUUGUCUUCAGCUUCAGAAAUUCUCUGGAGAUUUCAGCCUACAGGAAACUGGAGACCGAAUACAGCAAGUGGGCCUGGAGUCUACGCAGUGCCAUGAUGGAAACUGAGAACAAACUGCACAACAAAAUAGAAAAUGAAGCAAUUCAUGAGAUUGAAGAAACUGAUCUUCAAGGAGAACUGAAGGAGACAAGUGAAGAAGUUGAAAAAUCAAUGUCAGAAUUAUUUGACAAAGACAAUGAUGCAAAUAUACUGAUUCACUGGAAAUCAUCAUUUGAAAUCAAAAUCAAAGAUGUUCAGGAAAGCAUUUUGAAAGAAACAAAGAGAAAAUUAAAUGAGAUUCUUCAGCAGCGAGACCUGAAGAAAAAGAUUGAUGAUCAGAGGACACAUUAUGAAAAUACUCUCUAUGAAAAGAGCAAAGAACUUGCCUUAAAACUGAAACAGAAAGCAAAAGACGAAGAAACACUGAAAAAAGAGUUUGAUUUGUUUUGGGAACAGAGUGUAAAGAAUAUCAUCAGAGAAAGUCCUGCAAUCAAAGACAUUGACAUAAUAACAGAUGUAAAAAGGCUUCUCAGUGACAUGCAUCAGGGAUACCUCACUGUAGAACAGAUAAAAGAGGGCAUUGAAGACAGUAUUUUCAAUGUGUUGAGGUAUUCUGAAUAUGUUAUUAUCAAAAGGUCGACAAAAAGAGAGAUUAGAGACCCUGUAAAGGAUCCUUGCCGUACAGUAAACGCAUCAUUUGGGCAGGAUCAAAGUUUGUCUUCAGAGGAUGAAGCCCAGAUCAGAUCAUUAGUCACAGAUGUUGUUCAGCAGACAGACAAAAUGAUUCAGUCAUUUAACAUUUCAAAGCUGGGCUACAACAUCAGCUGCAUUCAAAAACUCACAGGUUACAUCAAGACAAGAGUAACAGAACAUCAGACAGGACAAAUGAAAUAUGUGUUCAAGAAACAGUUCUUGGUGUAUUUGGUUCUUUCCAUCUGUAAGAGAGCAAACAAGAAGAUCACUGACCAACACAGACUGUUCAGGGAAGCCAAUGAUCCUGUUCUCUAUUUGGAGAGGAGAAGGGAAGAGUACUAUAGUAUUUUCCAGAAAUACUGUCGUGGAGCUGCGUCAGCUGCCAUUUUUGGUGAGUUUAUCUGUCAGAAACUGAAAGAGCCCAUUGAGCAGAGCAUCUACAAGAAGACCGCAAGAGAUCUGGCAGAUGAAAUGAGAUCAAACUGUGAAUCUCUGAAUGGAAACAGAUCAAAUCUGGAGAAACACAUCCUGAAGACACUGGCAGAAGAGGAGGACUUUGACAAAUACAUGAACUACAUUCAUAAUCCCAGAGAUCACUUCAAGAGUUUCAUCAGAGAUAAAGUCAGUCAGUACAUCACUGGUCAGUUCAGUGACAGUGUUUUACCAAAGAUGAAGGAGAACAUUGAACUCCUGCAGCAGAAGAUCAUGAAAGCAGCUCAUGAAUCUACUGAACAUGUUCAAGUGAGCAGUGGAGAUGAAUCUACUGAACAUGUCAAAGUGAACAGUGGAGAUGUUAGUUUGUGGUUGAAGAGUUUCACACAGCAACUCUCAGAUGAGCUGAUCUUCUCUGAAAAAGACCUCAGUGGAGUCAAACAUGAUGAUGUUGACGUGAAACUUAUAGAAGAUGUGAUGGAGAAAGAACUUCCUGCAACAAUGUCAGACAUAAGCAAUAGAUUUAAUACUUUUCCAGUAAAUCUGGACUAUAAGUUCAGACCAGAUAAGCUUCUGAUUGAUCACUUCUGUCAGUGCUGUUGGGUUCAGUGUCCAUUCUGUACUGCCAUAUGCACCAACACCAUAGAAAACCAUGAUGGAGAUCACAGUGUUUCCUUUCAUCGUGUCAGUGGACUAAACGGAAUACAUUUCUAUAAUACAGAUUACCUGUGUAUCCAUAUCUGCACAUCAGCUGUAGCAAACAGUGCUCUGUAUUUUUAUCCCAAUGAAUCACAAAAAGUCCUCUGGAGAGAUUACAGAACAGCAGGAGAAGAGUACGCAAGGUGGAGCAUCACCUCUGAUCUCUCUGAACUGCCCUACUGGAAGUGGUUUGUGUGUCGAUUCCAGAAAGAUCUGGAAAAACACUACAGUAAAACAUUUGAGGGACAGGGUAAGAUCCCAGAUGAAUGGAAGAAAUACACUAAAGAGAUUUCUCUAGAGAGUUUGGAUAAAUACAUUUAGUUUCUCAUUUGAAAGUCACUUUGUUUAAAAGCCUUAGAUGAAUACAUUUAAAUUUAGAUGAACAAGUAAAUUAUGUUUUAGGUCUUUGUUUUACAAAACACAAUGUGAAGUGACUUUGUUCCUCACUCCAGUGAGUCUCACAUUAAAUCAUCAGUUCUCAGAAUACUGUACAUCAGAGAACAGUGUAGAGAUUUAAGUAGUAGAUUUAAAAAAUAUAUUUUCAAAGCCGUUUGACUUGACUCUGCAUUGCAAUAAUUCCAAUUGUGAAAACUAAUUCUUUAAAAGGGGAUAUACAAAUUUUCUGCCAAUCUCAUGUUAAUCUAGAGUACCUCGAAUAUGAUGAAGAGUCUUUAGUUUUAUCAGAUUUAUAAAAGACAGAUAAAGCUUGAAGAUUCUCCUCUGCAAGUAAACAAUGCAUGCACGUAGUGAUGCUGAUAAAGAACAUGCAUGCACUGCACCUUCUUUAUGAGCAGAGGAAUGCACAAUAUAUUUUAAUAUUUAGCUUGCGGGUUGGUUUAUUCUUAUUUUGUGUCAGGA